AGGAUGGUGCCAGGGUCUGGGACAAAGCUCAUUACUGUGUAUACUGUAAAAAGGCUCAAUUGAAGAUAGCCAGACAUCUAGAAAGAAAGCAUAGUGAUGAACAAGAUGUUGGCUAUGCUUUUAGUUUCCCAGUUGGCUCCAAACAAAGGAAGAUACUGAUAGAAGGCCUUCGUAACAAGGGUGACUGGGAACACAAUCUUAGUGUCUUAGAGGAUGGAUGUGGUGAAAUUGUAACAUGGAAACAGCCCUCCGGAAAGGUAGACAUAGAGAGCUACCUACCAUGUCAACACUGUUAUGCAAUGUUCAAGAGGACUGAGCUCUGGAGACAUGAGAAGUCAUGUAGAGAACGGAAAGAGGAAAGACAAAAAGGCAAAAGAGCAAGAGUACAAAAAUCUUCCUCACAUCUAAUUCCAGUCAGAGAAUCAUGCAAUGGAGUACAAAAGAUCAUUCACUCUAUGCUACAGGAUCGUGUAACCUGUCAUAUCAGGACUGAUGAGAUGAUUUGUGCAUAUGGAGAUGCAUUAUUUGCAAAAAAGGGCCGUGAAGACUCUCAGCACAGAUACAUUGCACAAAAGCUGAGAGAACUGGGACGGUUUGUGUUGGCUGCCAAGGAGAUUGACAAGCAUGUCAGAGGUCUUAAAGACAUUUGUGAUCCAGCAAAUUUUCAACUGGCAAUUAAAGCAGCUAGGCGUGUGUCAAACUACGAUGCAAGCAAGAACGAAUAUGGAAAGCCAUCUACAGCUGUUAAAAUUGGUUUUUCACUCAAAGGGGCAACUGAGGCCUGGAUAGGCCACUGCUUGAUGAUGUCUGAUGUCAAAACUGAGAAUAAGGCAAAAAAGUUCAAGGAGUUGCUGGAGAACUCGUGGUCCACUUACGUGGCAACUAAUGCUCACAGCACAAUGGAGCAACGGAGGUGGAACAGAGAAGACAAUGUACCUCUGACAGAGGAUGUAGUGACUCUACAGAACUACCUGAGGAAAGCUGAGGAUGAGGCAAAGGCAGAGUUGACAGAGCAUGCGAGUACUACAGCAUACAGAAAGUUAAGUGAGAGCCUUCUUGCACAAAUAAUCGUGUUCAAUAAGAAGCGUGAAGGAGAAGCAUCACGUUUAACUCUCGAGACAUAUCUAAAAGCAGACACUGGCCCUGUGAAUAAGGACAUAUAUGAGACUCUGUCGCCUGUGGAAAAACAACUGAGCCACAGGCUGACACGUUUGGUGACACGUGGAAAGAGAGGGAGAAAGGUCCCCAUCCUACUUCUUGAGCGCACAAAAGCUUCGCUUGACUUCCUGAUUGAAAAACGAAGGGAAGUUGGCAUACUUGAGGAGAAUCCAUUUCUGUUUGCAAGGCUUGGUACAACAACCAAUCUUCGUGGGUGUGACUGCCUCAGAAAAUAUGCAGAAGAGAGCAAAGCCAAAAACCCAGAACUGCUGAGGUCAACAAAGUUAAGAAAGCAUGUUGCUACCCUAUGCCAGCUUCUUGACCUCAACAAUCAGGAACUUGAGCAAGUUGCUCGUUUUAUGGGACACGAUAUAAGAGUCCACUGCGAGUAUUAUCGGCAGACAGAUAAAACAUUCCAAGUGGCCAAGAUUGGCAAACUUCUGUUUGCAAUGGAGCAUGGAGCACAGUCACUGAAAGGGAAGAGUCUGCAAACACUGGACUCUGUUAUCAGUGGCAAAGGACAUGCAGCCAGCCCAGCCAAAGGUCUGAAAGGUGUCAGAAAGAGAAGGACGUCAGAUACAGGCAGACAACGGGAAGCUUAUGAUGAUGGAAAACAGCUAUCCACCACAAGUUCAUCAGCUCAGAGGCACAAGAAGACUGUCACAAGACUUAGACAUGAUGGAGAUGAUGAUGACUCUGAUGGAGAGGUGCCACAUUCAGCUGCAGCAAGGUCACUUGCAAAAAGACAAUGGCAGAAGGAAAGAAGAAAACAUGAUGAAGAUGAUGGUGGUGCUGAUGAUGGUGAUCGGAAAGAUGACAACACCAGUGAAGGCACUGAAAACACAGUUGGAGAGUUGCAAGAAGGCACCAACAGAGAGCCACAAAAGAUGACUACAGCAAAAGAAAAACGUGAUGAUGACAGUGAUGAUGACGGUGAUGUGAGUGAUGGCAAGGCUGGUCCAGGCACUGAAAACACAGAUGGCGUGGUGCACCAGGAGACAGGUGGAAGACCACCUGUUAAGCAAACAAAGAGAACUACAGAAAAACAUGAUGAUAAUGAUGAUGAUAGACAGGAGCCACACUCAACUUUAGGAAGCUCAGCUGUUGACCAACCAAAGAGAACUGCAACCACAAGGCAAGCUGAUGGUGACGAUGAAGAUAGCAGUGACUCUGAGUAUGGUAAGCAGAAGCAAAAAUCUCAUUCUGUUAAGGUUCAGUCCUUUUUUUUUUUUUUUUUUAUUAAUCUGGUCCUCUUAAACGUGCAGAGAGGCUACACUUGACGAAAUGGUGUAGUUUUGUCUUCACCUCACUACUGGUAAUGUUGUCUUGAACAAGGUUUACUGAUCUUGGUC